AUGAUUCAUAAUAUUGUGGUGGGCAUUCUUCUAUUGUCAUUGGAUAAUCCUGCACCAGCAAAUGUGAUGGGUUCUCAUAUCAAAUCCUCCAGAAGACUGGGACACGGAUACUUUUCCUUGUGGAAGUUUGGAUUGGCUUCUCAAAAGCCUAUCUCACCACCUAAGAAGAAGAAGCGGCCGAUAGUGGAUAUUUCUGAUUCUAACAACAGUACCUAUCUGGUGGGUGUCAAUCCCAACCCGAUGAGAUACUCUGCCGAAACCAUGUGGAGUGAAUUCCCCCCUCCACCCGCUGGAUGUGAUGGGCGUGAGGUAUUCGUCCUCUGGGACGUUGACGAUCCUUCAAUCCUUGAACGGGUCGAUCCUAGGGCCACUGCUAACAAAAUCAGAACAGCUCUUUUAGAUAAAGGUUAUUAUGGGGACGAGUCAAUCUGGGCUUUCUAUGAUUUCGGUUCGGUUGACUCUCAUCUGCGUGAAAUGUUUGCCUAUUUUUCCAACAUGUAUGGACAGUCCGAGGUGCUACAACUGUCAGAUCUAAUGUGGUGGCAUAUACCACUCUUUUCCCAGUAA